AUGACCAUGAAGAACCUCCGUGGGGCCGGCUCGCCUCCCCAAAUCUCGACGGAAAUAAAUCUGGGCCGCUCGUUUGACGGCGGGGGUGUGGUUGGGUGGUGCGAGGGCCCCACCGGCAGUAAUAGCGGCGGAGCUAACGAGGCGGUGGCUGUGGACCCCACUCUCCCCGACCAAUACCGCCUCUUAUUAUCGUCGCCACCAUCAUCGACCUUUGGAGCUCAUCAAAAUCCUCUUGCAAAUAACAUUUUCGAUCCUCACUCGACCGACCACUACAAAUCCUCAGGUGAAAUGAUACCUUACUUCACAAGCGCUCAAUGGAAAGAACUCGAGCGACAAGCAAUGAUCUACAAAUACAUGAUUUCCUCUGUGCCUGUGCCUCCUCAUCUCCUUUACCCAUCUAUGUAUGCAAAAAAUGGAGCUGCCCUUGAGCUUGGUCGGUGCAAGAGAACAGACGGCAAAAAAUGGCGGUGCUCGAGAGACGUGGCGCCCCACCAGAAGUACUGUGAGCGUCACCUACACAGGGGACGCCCCCGUUCAAGAAAGCCUGUGGAAAUUGACGCCGUCAAUGGCGAAGAGGGCUUCAAGAAGCCGCGCAUCGAGACAAACCCGCGAGCCCUUUUACCCUUUGAUGAUAGAAUCGACCCGAUUGGUAUCUCAAACACGCCUUACGAAAGGAGGGAUCUCGGCUUGAUGAUCAUGGAAAACGAUGCGUUUACGAACAAGGGUUUGUCUGUUUAUAUCCCUGAAGCCCUUUACAAUCAAGAUUACUGUCACACAGUGCAGCAAGAAGAAGAAGUAAAUCGAGUGGAUCAUCAUAUUUUGCCGUUUUCGGAUUUUUCCAUUGAAAACUUAGCCGGUUCUUGGCAGAUGGAUAAUCUCAAUGUCAACACAAACAAUUUGAACAGAUAUUCAUCCCUACCGGCUGACCAUGAAGAUAUUUCGCCUUGGCUCGAUUUGUCUAUGGGAAUGGCUGCUGGUGGACCCACCUGCGAGGAUGCAAGAUGGGGGAAAGCUAAAGUUUGUUGUGUUCGGAAGAAGACAUUCUAUGCUACCCAACUUAGGAAAAAAAGUAAAGAAAAAGAAAAAUCUUGUUGA